AUGGAGUGUCCAUCGUUUUACUUUGCUCUUGGAUCCUUGUUCAUGGCAGGAAUUUCUCGCACUGGGUGCUAUCCGCUACUCCAUAUUGUUUCAUCCAUAUCGCUUCUGGUGUUUGUGUACUCCAGGGAAAAGGCUAGAAACAUUGACUUUGGCAUGAAGAUUCUCAAACACAAUGAUUCCAUCCUUCUUUUUGGAUCCCUGUUUCUCGAAAGUCUUCUUAUCUCGAGGUCAGCAGGGCGUCUUGGGACCCGAGUCUUUAAGGCCAUUGCAGCGUGUGGGCUGACCUUCUCUAUUACGCUUUUCUGCUUCACUCUAAGAUAUGUAGCAGACAACAAGGUUGAAGGGAAAAAGAUACAAAGAAGCGGUCCAUACAAAUACGCUAGACAUCCAUUGUACUCGGCGCUGAUAUUAUAUUGGGCGUCCUGCUGCACAUAUCUUUCUUGCUUUAUUUCUCUUGCCGCAUUUCUUUGGUUUGUGAACAACAGGAUUUUCCCAAGAAUAAAAGAACGCGAAAGAGAGAUGAUCUCCAUAUCGUCCGAGUAUACGGAGUAUAGAAAAGCAGUCUGGUCUGGAAUCCCGAUGUACAAAUAG